AUGGACGCUGCCGGGGCCGGCCCGGGCGACCCCUGGGGAAGCCACUGGUUGCUCUUCUGCAUCUACCUGUCCACCUUCCUGGUGGGGCUCCCGCUCAACCUGACGGCGCUGGUUAUCUUCGUGGCCAGGCUGCGGCAGCGCCCGGCGGCCGUGGACAUCCUGCUCCUCAACCUGACCCUGUCCGACCUGCUGCUGCUGCUCUUCCUGCCCUUCCGCAUGGUGGAGACCGCCAGCGGCCUCCGCUGGCCUCUGCCCCCCUUUCUGUGUUCGCUCUCCCUCUUCAUGUUCUUCACCGCCAUCUAUUUGUCCACCCUGCUCCUGGCGGCGGUCAGCGUGGAGCGGCUGCUGGGGGCCUCCCACCCCGUGUGGUACCGCACCCGCCGGCGGUCCGGCCAGGCCGUGGCGGUCAGCGCGCUGUGCUGGCUGCUGGCCGGCUCCCACUGCAGCGUGGUCUACAUCACCGAGUAUGAGGCCGGCGCCUUCUCGGACGCCAACGGGACCUGCUACACGCACUUCGCCCAGGAGCAGCUGACCAUCCUGCUGCCUGUGCGGCUGGAGAUGGCCGUGGUGCUGUUCGGCCUGCCCCUGGCCCUGAGCGGCUACUGCUACGCCCGGCUGGUCUGCAUCCUGAGCCGGGGGCCCUGUCGCCGGCGGACGCGCAAGCGGGUCACGGGGCUGGUGGCGGCCACGAUGCUCAACUUCCUGGUCUGCUUCGGCCCCUACAACGCCUCCCACGUGGUGGGCUACGUGCAGUGGGCCAGCCCCACCUGGCGCAACUACGCCUUCCAACUGAGCACCCUCAACACCUGCGUCGACCCGCUGGUCUUCUACUUCUCCUCCGCGGGCUUCCAGACCAGCUGCCGGGACCUGCUGGCGAGGAUGCGACCUCGCUGGUGUCCUCGGCGGGGGGCGGGCAGCAACGGGGAGGGGCCCCGGCAGUGA